AUGAUACUGACAAGUCUGCUAGUCAAGUGUAUUUUGCUGUCGAUAAUAUCGUUUGUUGUGAAAGGAGAAGAAACAUUUCGUAUAUGGAAGUAUUAUGAGAGGGUCAUAACAGUCGUUCUCUCCAGGGCCGAUUACAAUGAUGUAAUAGCGGAUCCAUAUUUCUUUUAUCUUGCUGAGCAAGGCAUUCUUUUAUCAAAUUCUCACGCAAUAUGGAGGCCGUCUCAACCAAACUAUAUAGCAAUGAUCCAUGGUAGCAAGGGAGGAGUGCUCUUUAAUUCAGACUCGGACGUGGAUGGUUCGUCUCUUCCAGAAAGAUUAGAAGAGAGAAACAUUACAUGGAAGGCGUACAUGGAGAACUAUCCAGGGGAUGGAUUUACGGGCUCGCAUGACGAGCAGAACUUAUAUUACAGAAAGCAUAAUCCAUUCAUAUCAAUGACAAACAUACGCGAAAAUCCGGAUAUGGUGGCUAAGAUAGUAAACGCUGAUCAACUGAAAACAGACAUGGAGAAUAAAGAUGUACCCGAAUACUGCUUCUAUGUACCAAAUAUUAUGCAUUCUGGUCAUGAGACAAACGUCACAUACACAUCAAACUAUAUACAGUACACACUAAUGCCAAUUCUUCAGCCAAUUCUCACGUCAUCUAGGACACUUCUCAUAAUAACGUACGAUGAGCCAGCAUCGUUAACCGAGAUUGCUACCAUCAAUCAUAUCUUUACGUUAUUAAUUGGACCGAAUGUGUUAAGGCCUCGUAUACAUGAGGAUGCAACAUAUUACAAUCAUUAUAGCGUACUUGUAAAUAUAGAAGAUAAUUGGAAUCUUACCAGAUUGGGGACAGAUCACGAACAAGAUGCUACUGCAAUAGAACCUAAUUUGUUCUUGAUUAGAUUAUCAAUAUCUGCAAAGCCACAAUUCGCAAACAACAAAUGUCAGGAAGGAACCAAAUUAACAUUAGAUUGGUAUAUGGUUCAUGGAAAGACAAAUUCUGCGUUUGCUACAAACCAGCAGGGCCUGCUCGUUUUGGCAUUUGAUCCAGAGACAGCAAAUACGCUAGCAAACUCGCUCAGAAACGAUCAGUGGGAGAAAUGGUAUAGAGCGCUAGUAAGACUUCCAACCGAUACGAGUCAACUGCCAAGGCAAUCCCUUUAUCUGCAAGGAACUAUGAUUGCACCGACAGGACGACUAGCAAAGAGUGGAAGGUUACACAGUUGGAUAACAAGGUCACCAGUAACAAUCCAACCUUGCAAAAUCCAAUCACCCGUACAAGUCGAUUCCAACGCGACCACCAUCACCAACCCGACUAUGGAAGACACGACGUCUCCCUCGACUUUACUUUCUCCCCUCCACUUGACCCACCUAACCUUCCACCACAACAAACUUCCUCACUCUCUGCUUUCUACGUCUCUUGCCAACUCUCUCUUUGCCCAUUCUGUUCCACCUCAUUACCCUUCUUCCAAACCCUCUUCCACAUCAUUCUAUCUUGACGCGAUAUAUCCUACUUCUCGAACGGUUCUGUACAAUCUUUUAUUGCACACAGGCCGGACUCAUCAGAUUCGUGUACAUUUGGCCGAAGCGGGAUUCCCUAUUGUGGGAGAUUAUGUAUACGAAAAUUUACGAAGAAGAAACGCAUACAAUCCUGAUGCCGAACUGGCAUUGCAAAGCUGUAGAAUUAAAUUUCCUAUGCCCGGGGUAGAUGGAGAAUGGGUGGAUGUUAAAGUUGAAAUUCCUCAAGAUUGGCUUAAAUGGAUGUUUGUCAGAAUGUUUUAUGAAACAGAAACUGAAAGCAUCAGCAUUGAUGACGAAGGGGAGAUGAUAAUGAUGAAGUGUCUAAACACUCAGAUGUUGAGAGUGAAGGUCCUCACCAAAGUAAAAGCUCCAGUGAAGACUCAAACCGAAUACGAAUCCAAUCCAUUAUCAAGUUAUAAAACACCACCCCACGAUUCUAAUCAAUUUAUCAUGGAUAAAGAACAAUUCAACCAACUUAUCAACACCUUGACCAGCCUGAAAAUAGCGUUCAGUGGUUUUGAAUUGGGAAUGGCCAAGGAGUUGUUGAAUGGAGCUGGAGUCUAUUCCCAGGUCAUAAUGGAGAAUAGAAGCAAAAGAACGGUGGAGGGUGUGCGGG